UUAUCAAGAAAACAUAAAAUCUACAAAUUGGAAGAGAAAUUCGUUGUUGCAGCUCUUCUGCAGACCACAUCCGCAACGUCAUCAAUGUCUGGUUGUGGUGGUUCAGCGAAUCCUUUGAUUCAGGCGGCACUAGGCGGCGAGACCGUGAACGAGAACUGCUGUGCUAUCUGCGGCUCAGCUUUCCGACUAACUGCCGACCUUGUUCAGCAUAUGAGGAACAAUCACAGAAGAACACGAUUCAAACGGAAAAAUGAGAAGAGUUUCCUAGGAAGUUCUUGGCGCACCGACCACUGA